CUUGCCUUUCCUUUCCUCCCAUUGCUCCAAACUGACCCUAGGAGAGUUCCGAAGGGAUAUGGUCGCUCCAAUUCUCACAACUAAGGCGGGAAAGUAGACAGUAGAGAGAAAACAUAUGUCAAAUGUGGUAGUUCUCGACAACGGCGCCGGCGUAAUAAAGGCUGGUAUCGGCGGCGAGCGAGACCCCGCCGCCGUGGUUCCCAACUGCCUCUGCCGUCCUCUCUCUUCCAAGAAAUGGCUGAUGACCGACCAACUCAACUCCGCCACCGAAGACCUCACCUCCGCCGCGGUCCGCCGCCCCUACGACCGCGGCUACCUCAUCAACCCCGAUCUCCAACGCGACAUAUGGGCCCACCUCUUCUCCUCCACCCUCCGCCUCAACCCCUCUCUCUCCUCCCUCCUCCUCGUCGAACCCCUCUUCAACCUCCCCUCCAUCCAACGCUCCAUAGACGAGCUUGUCUUCGAGGACUUCAACUUCAAGUCCCUCUUCGUCGCCGACUCUCCCUCACUCGUACACCUCUACGAGGCCAGUCGGAGGCCCUACGGCGUCGUAUCCAAGGCUCAGUGCAGUCUCAUAGUCGACUGCGGGUUCUCGUUCACGCACGCCGCGCCAGUGUUUCAGAACUUCACGAUUAAUUACGCCGUCAAGAGGCUCGAUUUGGGGGGAAAGGCACUGACGAAUUACUUGAAGGAAUUGGUGAGUUACAGGUCUGUUAAUGUGAUGGAUGAGACUUUUCUUAUCGAUGAUGUGAAGGAGAAGUUGUGCUUCGUUUCGCUCGAUGUCGAUCGUGAUCUGCAGAUUGCAAGGAAACCUGGAAAGGACAAUUUAUUCAGGUGCACUUAUGUGCUUCCUGAUGGUGUCACACACAUGAAGGGUUUUGUGAGAGACCCGGAUGAAGCACAGAGAUACCUCACCUUGGCAGAUGGAGCAAGAACAAAAGAGGAUUUGGAUCAGCUGGAAGUUAUAGAAAAGCCUGAGGACAGGAGGAGAAUUGAUUUAACUAAAAAUGAGUUUAGCUUGACAAAUGAGCGCUUCAUUGUGCCAGAGAUGAUCUUCCGUCCGGCUGAUUUAGGUAUGAACCAGGCUGGACUAGCAGAGUGCAUAGUUCGAGCUGUCAGUUCAUGCCAUCCCCAUCUUCACCCUGUACUGUAUGAAAGCAUUAUAUUGACUGGUGGAAGCACAUUAUUUCCUCGGUUUGCUGAAAGACUAGAAAGAGAGCUCCGACCUCUUGUGCCUGAUAAUUAUCAAGUGAAGAUAACGUCUCAAGAAGAUCCUAUAUUGGGUGUAUGGCGAGGGGGGUCACUUUUGGCAUCUAGUCCUGAUUUUGAAGCAAUGUGUGUCACCAAGGCUGAGUAUGAGGAGCUUGGAUCUACUCGGUGUCGUAGGAGAUUCUUUCAUUGAGUUGUAGAAUCUAGAAGUUCAUAUAUGAAGGCCAUGACGCAAUUGAAGUAGGUCAUCAUGACACUUGAAGGGAUGUGUUGUCUCAUUGAAUGUUCUUACUGGAUGUCGAGAAUCAUUUGAGCUUCUAUUUGUUUUGUACAGAAAGCCUCACUACUAUACCAAACUUCUAGAAAGAAACAUAUUCUGUGUGUGUUUGUGUGUGUGUAUUGGGAAGAAGAUUCUUUACAAGUGUUUGAUCCAGAAAAGCAGGUCUCUACAUUUGUCGUAAAGAACUGAAGAGAAGUCAACUCAAUAUACAUUGUGCUUGCGGUAUGCCCUUUCCUUUUUCUUUAUUGUACUUUCAGUAGAAAAAACCAAUAAUUCAUUGGUUUCAAAUACAGUAUUGGCAUUCA